ACGUAUCAUUUACGGCUGUUUUGACGAUUUUUUUUUCAAAAUACAUAAAAAAAUUUUUAAUUUUUUUUUUUUCAUUCCCAAACAUUAUUUGCAAACUUAAAGUUGUUCCGAGAAAUUAAAACCAACUAUUUUACAAAACAAAAAAAAAAUAUAUAGUAUAACACAUUAUUAUUAUUCAAUUAUCAAUUAAGAAACGAAAAAAAAAAAAUAAUUCAAAAUGGUUGUUAAUUUCAAAGUUUUCAAAAAAUGUUCGCCAAAUAAUCGCCUAACCCUUUAUAUGGCAAAACGAGAAUUUGUGGAUUCUGUAUCUGCAGUUGAACCAAUUGAUGGCAUCGUUGUAUUGGAUGAUGAAUAUGUUAAAUAUAAUAGAAAAGUUUAUGCGCAAUUAAUUUGUAAUUUUCGUUAUGGACGUGAAGAAGAUGAAGUUAUGGGAUUAAAUUUCCAAAAAGAAUUAACAUUAGAUUCAGUACAAAUUCAUCCACAGCAAAAAGUUGAUAUAAAUUUAACAAAAACUCAAGAUCGUUUAUUAAAAAAAUUGGGUCAAAAUGCAUUCCCAUUUAUAUUGAAAAUGUCACCAAAUUGUCCAGCUUCAAUAACAUUACAACAGAAAGCUGAUGAUACAAGUGAACCAUGUGGUGUGCAAUAUUAUGUUAAAAUAUUUGCUGGUGAUAAUGAAGUUGAUCGUUCCCAUAAACGUAGUACUGUUUCUUUGGCAAUACGUAAAGUGCAAUAUGCACCAACAAAACAAGGUAUACAACCAUGUACAGUUGUACGUAAAGACUUUUUAUUAUCACCUGGUGAAUUAGAAUUGGAAGUAACUUUAGAUAAACAAUUGUAUCAUCAUGGUGAAAAAAUUGCAAUUAAUUUAUGUGUACGGAAUAAUUCGAAUAAGGUGGUGAAAAAAAUUAAGGUAAUGGUACAACAGGGUGUUGAUGUUGUACUAUUUCAAAAUGGUCAAUUUAGGAAUACUAUAGCAUCGUCAGAAACAACUGAAGGUUGUCCAAUACAACCAGGAUCAAGUGUACAAAAAGUAAUGUAUUUGGUACCGACUUUGAUUUCAAAUCAAAAUCGUUUUGGUAUCGCUGUUGAAGGUCAAAUUAAAAAACGUGAAACUUAUUUAGCUUCAACUACAUUAUUAUCAUCACCAGAAAAUCGUGAUGCUUUUGGUAUUGUUGUUUCUUAUGCUGUUAAAGUUAAGCUUUUACUUGGUGCUUUAGGCGGUGAAUUGUGUGCUGAGCUUCCAUUUAUUUUAAUGCACCCAAAGCCUGUUAAGGGUAUAAAGAAUAUUGAAGAUGCUGAUGGCAUGGAAGAUGAAUAAAUCAUCAAGGAAAAUAAUGGAAAAUUUGUUUUAGUGAUGGACGAUUAUCAAAUAUUUUAUUUUCUGAUACAAAACAAAAAAAAAAAUUAUAAUGAUAAAUAUGAAUUUAAUAAUGCUGAAAUCUCUUGAAAAAGCUGGACAUGACCAUGGACCUGAUUUAAACGGAAUUCUAUAAAACAAAA